AUGGCGGACCUGGAGGAAGAGCUGCUGCGGGAGAUGGAGACGGAGAGCGAGUGCAGUGAAGCUGCAGAAGAAGAAGCAUCUCCCAUGUUUUUGAGCUGGAGCGGGAAAGCACGGUUGAACUUGCUAGGCGAAGAUGUUCUGAUCAGAAUAUUCUCUAUGCUUCCUGUCACCAAACUAUGUACCAUGGCGUUGGUCUGUCAGUGGUUGAGGAAAGUUUCGGGCAAGGACGUCCUGUGGAAGGCGUUGUAUCUUGAGCGAUGGGCGGAUCCGAAGUCGCACAUCUUUGCGAGAGAUGCGCUGAGAGAGGGGUGGAAGAAGGUGUAUGCCUCGAAGGAUAUGGAUAUCAAGGCACAGGACGAGAACGAGGCGUUGAUGAGCUCUAUCAAGUGUAUCGAGGAUAAGGAGUGCCAGGAUGCCUUUCGAGCAAUGCAAGCCGCAAAGAGGUCGCUCUCUCUCAACAAGAAAGCGACUCCCAAGCAAGAAGAAGGAAACUCCGCCAUGGACCUCCUGCAGAACGCGAUACUGGAGUUCAAGUCUCGAUGCAAGUUCCCGCACGCGGGGCACUCCAGCAGCUCUGGCUCCUUGGGAGUUUCUCUUCCACCGUUCGAGUCCGGCACCAAAGUAAACGUUGAUACGAAUGGAGUUGGCGAACAGAAGAGAUCACAGUCACAGUCCUCCAUGUUCGGAAAGGGCGGAUUCUUCACAUCUUGCACUGCUGGACCCUUCAGAGAUUUCUUAGCACACAAGAAAAUCUUUCCUCGCAAGCAUCAGCUUGAAGUUUGCAUCUGUAAACUCACGGGGGAGCUGCAUAUGUGCAGCUACGAUGGCCUAGCCAGAGGGUGCGAGCUGUCGCUGCCCAAUGAUGAUGGGUACUUCGUCUGCCCGAUCACAGGGAUCAUCUGGUGCAACUCAAGGCUGCAAGUUGCGGUGGAGGAGGACGAGGACGAGCCCUGA